AUGUCGACUAAAGAGAAAAUGGCUGAGGACUUGAACAGUUCCAAACCGGGUAUUGGCAUCCGGCAUCUACAAACUGUGCUCAUGUUCUUCGGGGUCCUGUUGGCUUACUGCAUGAGGGUCAAUAUGAGCAUGGCCAUUGUUGCUAUGACUGACGGCAGUGAAAAUUCGUUUGACUGGAGCAUGCAAGUCCAGAGUGUGAUCCUCUCAUCAUUCUUCUGGGGUUACGUGGUACUCCAGGUGCCGAGUGGUGAGAUGGCUGCCAGAUUUGGCGGGAAAGUGCUGCUAUGUUUAUGUGUUGGUCUUAAUUCGGCUACAUCUUUAUGCAUACCAAUAGCAGCCUAUUAUGGUGGAUGGCAGAUGGUGUGCGCUUGUCGGGUCAUUCAAGGGUUGUCUCAAGGUUUCAUAUAUCCAUCAUUGCACACCCUUAUUGGAAAGUGGGUGCCUUUGGAGGAGAAAACCACGUUGGGAUCGUUCAUUUAUGCUGGUGGUCAUUUAGGUACAGCUCUUGAAUUGUCUGCAGCAGGGUUCAUAGCAGAGUACUGGGGGUGGCCAGCUAUAUUCUAUGUGAUUGGUACUUUAGGAGUUAUUUGGACUACCAUCUACAUAUUCAUUGGGGCAUCCUCUCCUCAAGAAUCGAGGUUAAUCAGCGAUACAGAGCGAAAGUACAUUGAGCACUCGUUGGGACAUGUCGUUGGACAAAAGAAAUUAAGUACUCCCUGGAAGUCCCUGUUCACAUCCAUGUCCUUCAUAUCUUUGAUAAUCGUGCAUUGCGGACAGAACUGGGGCUUCUGGACUCUCAUGACGGAAAUACCUUCGUACAUGAAUCAAGUGCUUGGCGUCAACAUGAAAUCAAAUGGUCUGAUGUCAGCUCUACCCUACCUGUCGAUGUUUCUGCUGAGUUUUCCAUUCGGAUUCAUCUCCAACUAUGUGAUCAGCAAGAACUGGCUCAGUGUUACUGCCACCAGGAAAAUAUCAAAUUCUAUAGGUAGGUACUAA